GUUUAAACUUAAACCCUUGACAUUGGCUUAGAAACCAAGAAUCAAAGGCUUAAAUAUAGGGUACAAAAUAGAAAUUUAACAACCACAUAUAACACUGCAAAAACCUUUUAACACACGUUGUGAGAGGGCUGCGUUGCUGGAGAAUGACGAAAGCAAUGGAAACUGAGACUCAAGAGGUGGUGACGCCGGGACAAGUAUUGGGUAAAGCGUCACAGUUGAAAGCCGGAAAAGGAGCUUACGUUUCAACCGAACACGACACCGUUUACGCCUCUCUCACCGGUUUCCGUUCUCUCAUACCUCCGCCUUCUGACUCUCUUGACCAGAGACCAACAGUGGAAGUUACUGGUCAUAAGGCCCAUGGAGCUGUUCCUCAGCCCGGUUCAAUUGUUUUUGCUAGAGUCACUAAGGUUAUGCCUAGAAUGGCUUCAGCAGACAUAGUGUGUGUUGAUUCCAAGUCUGUGCGUGAGAAAUUCACCGGCAUUAUUAGGCAACAGGAUGUGAGAGCGACUGAGAUUGACAAAGUCGACAUGCAUUUGUCCUUCCGCCCGGGUGAUAUUGUUCGUGCAUUGGUGCUAUCACUUGGAGAUGCACGGGCAUAUUAUCUGUCAACUGCAAAAAAUGAGCUGGGUGUUGUAUCUGCUGAAAGUGCAGCUGGUGGUACCAUGGUUCCAAUUAGCUGGACAGAAAUGCAGUGCCCUCUAACAGGUCAAGUAGAACAGAGAAAGGUGGCCAAGGUUGAAGCUUGAGUUGGCUCAAUUCAGAUUGUGUUGCUCUUAACUGCAGCCUUCUGCCUUUACCUUUUUGAGGGAAGGAGAGCAAUUUGUUUCGUUUAAAUUAGAAAACUGAUUUCCCCAAGGAAUGUAGAAUCUACAACACCCCCCCCCCCC